AUAAUUAUACGUACAGGAAGCUGGAGAGGGGAAAGUGUUGUCUAUUUGAUUAGGUCUAUAAUGUAUUACUUAUUUUGCAGGGUUAUCAAAAAUGCCUCGAUAUUGUGCUGCUGAUUGUUGUCAGAAUCGCGGAGGUGUUUCUUCGAAAGAUAAUAGAAAAAUUAGUUUCUAUCCGUUUCCACUUCAGGAUAAAGAACGCUUAAAGAAUUGGGUAAUGAACAUGAAACGAGAAAACUGGGUGCCAAGUAAACAUCAGUAUUUGUGUAGCGAUCAUUUUACAGCAGACAGUUUUGACAUCCGCUGGGGUAUACGUUAUCUCAAACAUACUGCUGUUCCUACAAUAUUCACCUUCUCUCAUGACCAUCAUGAAACUCAAGCAAUGCAGGAAGAAUGGUCAAAUCGUCAUGCAAGAAAGAAAAAGUCAUUCCGCAAAGGCAAGAAAAUGGAUCAUAAAGAGGCAGAUAUGUAUGUCAAACAUUCUCCACCCCUGAAGAAAAAAUCAGUACUUCUAAAAUUGGAAGAUAGAAGAGAAGUAACAGCGAGUUUAGAAUGUAUAGUAAAUGAAAAAACACUUGUAGAGGGUGAAGAAAAUACAAUAGAAAAUAUGACCCUUGAAAAAUUAUUUAAACAACAAGAAAUGUUUCUUCAGAUGCAGGACCCAUGCAUUUCAGAGUUUGUGACAGAAGAACCAAGUAACCAGCUGAAAUCUGUUUCACUGGAAUUCAGCUCUGAAUCAGAUUCUGCUAAAGAGCAUGAUUUAUUAAAUGUGACAGCUCAGUUUAUUUGUGAAAAUUCUGAAAAAAAUAGCACUCAGGCUAAACAGGAGAAUUUGGUUAGAGAUAAUAAUUCAUUUAUUAUUAUUCCUGUACAUGAGGAACAGGACUUAAAAAAAACAGUUGUGGACAUGGAAACAAAAAUAUACAGUUAUGCAAGUUACAUCUUGCAUUCUGAGCAUUCAUAUUGCAGACAGGACACUGAUCGGGAUCAUCUUUGGAAUAAAAUUGCCAGUCUUCAUGCAAAGAUAACACAGCUGGAAAAAAAAGAAGAAGUGACAUUAGCCAAGCUAAAUUCUCUUGCUAGUCUUAUAAAUAAUUUAAAACAAGAGAACAUUGUUUCUGAGGAGAAGUUGAAGGCUUUAGAAAACUAUUUUACAACGCUUGAAUUUGCAGUGGUAUAAUGUUUUGUAUUUAUAAUUUCUUAUGGUGUAAAACAAAUCACAUCUUAAUUUAUACAAAUA